GUGAAACAUAGAACAAAAUUAAAAUGUCUUGUAAUAAGGACCGAAGAGAGGAAGUUAUCACUUUCUCGUUCAUAAGAUUUUCUACUUUUGUUACAAAAGGGGAAAAGAAAGGAAAGAAAUUUUUGGGGUAGAGUUCAUUUUCUUCAAGUAAAAACUGUAAAAACUGUAGAAGUUGAGAGGUCAACAAUCCUCCACGCAAAAAUCCAACACAUCAUCAUCUGCCUUUGGCUCCAGUUUCCCCUUCACUCUUGAGCUAUCUUAUAUCCUCAAUUCCCAACAUUUCUGGUAGAUUCUGUACAACCUUAAUUCCAGUAGCCCAGAAAUAAAUUUCAUCAUUUCCUGUCCUUGUUAAUUUCAUCAAGUAAAAUCUUGUUGAGACUGCCUGCCCAUCAAUGGCUUCCAUCCCCAUUCCUACUGCCAAACACACUCUUCCAUCUCUUCUAAAUCCCCAUUCACAUAGAACCCUUUUGUCUCCCAAGCUUCCCAAUCUCCCCAAAUCAUCUUUUCAUUCUCAAUUUUGUGGUAUUAAGUUAUCUGAUUCUGCUUCUGUUGCAUUUUCCUCUCACACUUUGAAGAAAAGCUCCAUUGUUGCUAAGGUCUCAAAAGGGUCGGUGCCUCCAUCAUUUACAUUGAAAGAUCAAGAUGGCAAGAACGUGAGCCUCUCCAAGUUCAAAGGAAGGCCCGUUGUUGUUUAUUUCUACCCUGCUGACGAGACCCCUGGUUGUACUAAACAGGCCUGCGCUUUCAGGGAUUCCUACGAAAAAUUCAAGAAAGCUGGAGCAGAAGUUGUAGGCAUUAGCGGAGAUGAUCCAUCAUCACACAAGGCCUUUGCCAAGAAAUACAGGCUACCAUAUACCCUGCUAAGUGAUGAGGGUAACAAGGUCAGGAAAGAGUGGGGAGUCCCAUCAGACCUGUUCGGCACGCUGCCUGGAAGACAAACAUAUGUUCUUGACAAGAAUGGAGUGGUUCAACUCAUUUACAACAAUCAAUUCCAACCCGAAAAGCACAUUGAUGAGACCCUGAAGUUCCUUAAAAGUGCUUAAGAAUUUUGCUUCAGUCUCUUCAUCCUUCACUUGUAGGGUAAUAGAUAUCCGGGUAUUCUGUAAUCAACACUUUCCUCGGAUCCUUGUCAUCCUCAUAAUCCGAUCAUUAGAGCUGUACAUUUAAACACUAUAUGCUAUGAGUUGAAACAGUACUGUUGCAAUGUAGUUUCGUCUAUCUUUCCUUAGCUCUCCAAAAUUGAAAAGUAUCUGUUGAAGUGAUGUGGAUUGUAACGGAAUAUAGCUGAGAAGAUUGACCUAGCGGAUAUCAUAUUGACAACUACUAGCAAAGAAAGAAUUCAGUCUUUCAGAUGACAUUGAGGAGUUACAGAAGAAGGCGUACUCGCUUGAGGCAUUUAUCCCACAUCGAACAUCUAUUGAGAAAGAGGCGGCAAGGAGGGGUAUAAUAGGGAAGCUGGUGGUAGUUAAUUCUCAUACCUUUCUCGGCCUUUUGGCUAAGAUCAAGUGUAGUAUCUGUUCUUAUCAGUUUAAUAUCUGAUACGUGGGCCAUCGGCCCACAUGAUAUUAAAUGAAUUUUUAUAGGGGGAAGGCCCAUCAGGGUAGCUUGCUACUCGGGCCUUCGCGCGUCGCCUUUGCGUUGCACUACUGCUUGGGCCCGGCGCACCCCACCAAUUCCCAGUCUAAGAUUUGUUAAUUUUUAAUUUUUCUGAAGAAACUUCUUGAAACGAAUUAGAAGAAUAAAGAAAUAAAAGAAACUGUAUUUUAAUGAGAAAAUCCAUAUUCACUAUUGGUUCUUGGUGAAAAAUACUCAAUUGACUGUUGAUUAAAAA